UAAGGUGACGUCACCUGAAGCAGGAAGUGGGAUGAAGCCGGAAGAGGAUCCAGGAGCCACUCGUUAAUUUUCCCGAUCAGAUCUCGUUGCGUCAACAGGGACUCGUCUUGGUUUAGUUGGUUUAGUUAGUAGGGUGUAAUUAUCGCUUCAUCUCUUUGUUCGCCUGUGUGUGUUUGAAGGACGUCACAGACGAUGUGGAAGGCCGCCGCGGGACAGUCUGUCAGCGCUGCUGUGGAGGACGGAGGUGACGACUGGGAGACAGACCCUGACUUUGAGAACGACGUGACGGAGAAGGAGCAGCGAUGGGGGGCGAAGACGGUGGAGGGCUCGGGACACCAGGAGCACAUCAACAUCCACCAGCUGCGAGCCAACGUGUCCACAGAACACACGUCCAUGAAGCAGAAGGAGCAGGACGACAUGCCCAAAGCCUCUCAUGGAUACGGGGGCAAGUUCGGGGUUCAGCAGGACCGCAUGGACAAGUCUGCCGUUGGCCAUGACUACCAGAGCAAGCUGUCCACGCACUGCUCCCAAACCGACACCUCCAAGGGCUUUGGGGGCAAGUUCGGAGUGCAGGCCGACCGUGUGGACCAGUCAGCUGUCGGGUUUGAGUACGCCGGAAAGACGGAGAAGCACGCAUCUCAGAAAGACUACUCAGCGGGGUUCGGGGGUCGCUACGGGGUGCAGGCGGACCGCGUGGACCAGAGCGCUCUUGGCUUCGACUACCAGAGCAAGACGGAGAAACACGAGUCCCAGAAAGAUUACGCCAAAGGCUUCGGUGGCAAGUACGGAGUAGAGGCCGACAAGGUGGACAAGAGUGCCAUGGGCUUUGAGUACCAGGGCAAGACUGAGAAACACGAGUCACAGAAAGAUUACACCAAGGGCUUCGGGGGCAAGUUCGGCGUGCAGACGGACCGCCAGGACAAGUCAGCGUUGGGCUGGGACCACCAGGAGAAGCUGCAGCUCCACGAGUCCCAGAAAGAUUAUUCCAAAGGAUUCGGAGGGAAGUUUGGUGUCCAGCAGGACAGAAUGGAUAAGAGUGCAGGAACCUUUGAGGACAUCGACCGGCCGAGCUCUGCCUAUCAGAAGACCAAGGCCACGGAGGCUGCGGGCAGCGGCACGGGCAACAUCAAAGCUCGCUUCGAGAACAUCGCCAAGCAGAACGAGGAAGAGGACCGGAGGAGGGCGGACGAGGAGCGGGGACGGCGCCAGGCCAAGGAGAAGCUGGAGCUGGAGGAGGGCCGCAGGAAGGAGGAGCUGGAGGAGGGCCGCAGGAAGCAGGAGCUGGAGGAGGAGGCCUGCAGGAAGCAGGAGCAGGAGGAGGCGGCCCGUGUCCUGGAGCCCGCCCCCGUGCGCGUCCCUAGCCCCGCCCCUCCGGCCCAGCCCGCGUAUCAGAACGCUGCGGUGAAGGAGGAGCUGGAGGCUCCGCCCACCACGCCCGGCGGCCAACCAGAGGAGGACCUGUACCAGAACGUGGAGGCGGAGCCUGGAGACGUUGCCCCGGGCGAUGGCGGUGAGGACCAAGGGGUGACGGCCGUGGCGCUCUACGACUACCAAGCAGCCGGCGAGGACGAGAUCUCCUUCGACCCCGACGACAUCAUCACCAACAUCGAGAUGAUCGACGAGGGCUGGUGGCGCGGCGUGUGUGGGGGGGCCUACGGCCUCUUCCCCGCCAACUACGUGGAGGUCCGCCCCUGAGGAGGCCCCGCCCCCAACCCCGACCCCCCCUCACAUCCACACCACGGAGGACGGAGACGCCGACCCCCCCAACCCCCCCAGACCCCCCCUCACAUCCACA